CUUAAUGAUAACCCUUUAAAAAACCCCAAUUUUUUUCCUCUCUCCUCUACGCGAAACCAGAGUAGAUUCUUCUGCUUCUUCACUCGACAUUAAUGCUAGAAGGUGAAGUAUCAUCUCGCAAUAACUUCAACAAAUUGGGAAAAGACAAUCAUUUCUCUCUCCCCUGUCAUUUUCUUCAACCCAAAAAUAUUUGUCCUUUCACUAAUACUCGUCCUUUCUCUGCAAUCUCUGCGAAAAUGGUGAAGAAGGGUCAAAGCAAGGGUAAAAGGAAGGAGAAAAGCAAAGACAUCAUCUUUACUUUGAGAAGAAUAAACAAACCAGGGUUUGCUUUAUGCUUUCAGGAUUGUUGUUCCAAAUGCAGAGACAAGUUAUUGCUGCAGACAUAUCGGUGCAACUUCAAGUUGAAGUUCCCAAGGGAGACAUACAGAGAGAGCUUUUGGAAAGCUGUCAGGGCUUCUACUAAGGCCAUUAUGGCCAGUUUGUGUGUAAAUUAGUAUAGGGUUAGAUUAUUUGUGUAAACCAGAUGGCAUAUUGUUAGACUAAGUGUAGUGCAUGUUAGUAUAUGGUUAGCUUAUAUCAGACACGAGUAUGUAUCCAAGUUUAUGACUCGGGAACUUAUAUCGGAAACAAGUACAUGUCCAAGUUUCUGAUUCGGGAACUUAUAUCGGACACGAGCACAUGUCCAAGUAUCUGA